AUGGCAGAAGAAGAAGAAAUCAGAAGGCACCUUGUGCUGGUCAAACCUUUCUCGUUGGAAGAUGAGAAAGAUUCUGAGCAUGCAGCUUCGAAUGUCAUCCGCAAGAUCCUUAGUCUCUUCAAGAACGUGCGCCCAGGAUCCGAUAUCACCAAUUUUCAGCUGCCACCUCAGCUGAACCUACCAAGAUCGCAACUUCAGUCUUACAACGAGAUGAUCUAUAGCUUUAGCGGUGAGGAUCUGCUGGGGGAAUGCAGCCGUCGCAAUCUUCCGAUCGAACGGCUCAAAUCGGUGGUGACGUGGAACAUCUCCACACUCCGUCCAUUGAUUUUUGGAAUGUCUCCGUACAACCCCGUCGUUGGCGAGACUCACCACGUCUCCAACGGUCACAUCAACGUCCUCGCCGAACAAAUAUCACAUCAUCCUCCAGUAUCAGCAAUUCAUGCGACCCAUGAGAAGGAAAAUAUUGACGUGACAUGGACUCAAUAUUUCACUCCUAAAUUUCGUGGUGCUUACGUGGAUGUUGAGGUAAAAGGCAAAAGGGUAAUGAAACUUCUAAAUAGAGAAGAGACUUACGAUAUGGACCAACCGAGACUCAUUGUGAGAUUCUUACCGUCUCCGGGAGCUCACUGGGCCGGAAAAGUCAAGAUAAAAUGCUUGGAGACCAAUCUUGAAGCUGAAUUACACUUGAACUCUGAUUCUUUCAUCGAAAGAUUAAGAGGCAACAACAAUAGAUCAAUCAAAGGAAAGAUCAUUGAAUCUUCCUCUGGUAAUCAGCUCUACGACAUCUUUGGCCACUGGGACAAGUAA